AUGUCUACACUGCGCUUGUACUAUGGUCGUGACAAUGAUGAAAUGAUCCGAGUGUUGAAGCAGGCUCAGCAGAGAACUGUUGCAGUGACAAGAUUAGAGGUCCGGGAGACUGUUCUGGAUGAGGAGGUCGUAGAAGCAAUCAUUGAGCUUAUUUUGACCAGCCCUAUAGAAGUUGUUCAACUCGAUGACUGUGGUGCUUAUUUAAAUAUGCAAACGAUUCGACUGGCGCAAACUUUGGGUGGCAUCAGGAGCUUGAGAUUAUCUGAGCCUACUUUCCUCUCCCGGUUCUUCCUUGACAAGCUCUUGAUAUCAGCUACGAAUUUGACGCACCUGCGAAUUCAAGGACACUUGGAACGUGAGCAAAUGUUGUCACUGGCUGAAGGUCUAAAGGGAAAUACUAGCCUUCAUACACUUGACUUGAGUAGGAGUCGAGUGGAAGACUUUUCAUCACUUUCAGAUGGAGUACGAGGAAACUCUUCAUUGCAUAGCCUAAAGCUAAGGUCAAUAGGUUUGCGUGACGAAAAUGUCACCGAGCUCCUAGAAUCACUCAAAGGGCACUCCCAGUUGGAAUCCAUCGAUUUGUCGUUCAAUCAUAUGCUGCACAUGGAUCAUGUGGCCGACUUUGUGGAAAAGCAGAGCCAUGUAACAGAGCUGCUACUUGGGUAUCAAAACGUCUGGCAAGCUCCAAAGGUAUCAGUCACAAGGCUGGUGGAUACAUUACGAACGAAUAUAUCUAUCAAGACACUGUCACUAGCCCGCAACAAGUUGGAAAACGAAGAUGCUGUCCAAUUGGCCGAUGCCCUCCUCGACAACGAUUCAAUAGAAUCUAUCAAUCUACGAGAGAAUAGAUUCACUGAUGUUGGCGUUGUGGCUCUUGCUAAGUCACUUGAGAAGGCGAAUUCGAUUCGGGAAGUGAGUCUUCUGAAGAAUGCAAUAGGUAACGAGGGCUACAAGGCUAUCCUUCGUGCAGCGCAAAGGAAUUACGAUAUUUUCGAAAUGGAAUUAAAUGAUGACGGUGCAAUUGCUCAACAAAUACAACACGAGACAGCAUUGAAUACAGGCGGUAGAAAGCUCCUUUUCUUAGACCCGCCACUAGCUCUGUGGUCAAUUGUACUGGCUCGAGUAAACAAAAUCGAGUCCCUGAACGAGCAGCAUAAUAUUUCGUCAGGGAAAUGUUACAGUGCGGAUGUCAUAUUUCAAAUGUUGAAGGCAUCCAACUUAUUUGAAGGUAUUGUGAGCCGAGAUCCCGGUGAGUUGGAGAAGGCCUAUCCAUAG